AUGUUGGAUACUUUUGAGAUCCUCACUACUUCUGGAGUGGUACUCUGGUCAAAACAAUUUUCCCCCGUCAGCCCUGCGGUUAUUAACAGCCUUAUCACGAAUGUCUUCAUUGAAGAACGAACCUUACCCGGUGCCGGAGUUGCAGAUGAUAUUUCUGCUGCGAAUAAUCCUCCUUUCAAACACGAUCAACAUACUCUGAAAUGGACGACGUGCAAAGAAUUAGGCUUAAUAUUUGUGGUUGUGUACAGGUCAUUGCUACAUCUCUCAUGGAUUGAUAAAUUGGUGGAUAAUGUCAAAACGAUUUUCGUGGACUUAUAUGGUGAUCAAUUGAGAAAACCACACACAACUGUUGUCGAAUGUCCUUUCGACGAAUAUUUCGAUCAACAAGUGCGGGAGUUGGAGAAGAGUGCUUUGAAUCAAGAUGCUAGAGUUGCAGAAGCUUCUGCAUUCGAAGAGUCGAUCCCCUUGAUCUCUACGACCUCGGAUAAUGAGCCUCCGCCAAUGCCUGGAAUACCCUCGAGAGGACAAUCAAAGAACAAUGUCAAAGAUAUCCCUUCUCCCGAAUCGACUCCUCUUGGAACACCUAAUUCGCGACCGAGUACACCUGCGAGUCAUAUAUUGAGCGCGAAAGCAGGACCGGGUGGAAAGGUUUCUCGAAGAGCUCGAAAAGCAGCCCAGACCCCUACGUAUGCUUCAUCCGGCGACGAAUCUCACAGAAAGGGUAGAAGUGUAAAAACCGGACCAAAGAAGGGAAGGAAGUGGGAUGCAGACGGGAUGGCAGAUGAGGAUAGCGAUACCCCCCUCGACUAUUCUGCUCCCGCGAAUGGGGCUACUUCGGGGGAGGAUGAGGGUCGCCCGGGUGCUGUGGAGGGAGUUGAACAAACCUCAUGGGGUUCAAAAACUGGAAAGGGGCAGUUCGUAUUGAAGGAUCUUGAAGACGAGGUCCAUUCGAUUUUGGAUUCCGCGAAUGCGAAGAAGGCAGAAUCUAGCGCCCCAGCAGCUGGCCUAGUAGGAUCUGGGUUCAGUGCUAUUGGAGGAUUAUUUAGAAAUGUGGUCGGAGGAAAGACUUUGACUAAGGAAGAUUUGGACAAAGCCAUGAAGGGAAUGGAGGAUCAUUUAUUACGAAAGAACGUCGCAAGAGAAGCCACGAUGAGAUUAUGCGAGGGUGUAGAACGGGAAUUAAUAGGAGUGAAGACUGGAAGUUUUGAGAGUGUUCAAACAAGAAUCGCAACAGCCAUGGAGGCAUCACUAAGAAAAAUUCUGACUCCUACCUCAUCCCUUGAUCUCCUUCGAGAAAUCGAUGCUAUUGUCUCGCCUCCAGCUUUGUCGUUGAAGAAAAAGAGGCCAUAUGUCAUGUCCAUUGUCGGAGUCAAUGGUGUUGGUAAAUCCACAAAUCUUUCCAAGAUUUGUUAUUUCCUUCUACAGAAUAAGUACAAAGUUCUCGUUGUAGCUUGCGACACCUUCAGAUCCGGAGCCGUCGAACAAUUAGCCGUUCACGUACGAAAUCUGAAAGAACUUACCACCAGAGAAGGUGGUCAAGUAGAACUAUAUCAAAAAGGCUACGGAAAAGACGCCGCAAACGUAGCCAAAGACUCCGUCACCUUCGCUGCCCAAGAAGGCUACGAUGUAGUCUUGAUCGAUACAGCCGGACGACGUCACAACGAUCAACGACUCAUGUCCUCGCUUGAAAAAUUCGCUAAAUUCGCUCAACCGGAUAAAAUCCUCAUGGUAGGCGAAGCACUCGUUGGUACAGAUUCAGUCGCGCAAGCAAGAAACUUUAAUGCGGCAUUUGGCCAGGGCAGAUCGUUGGAUGGAUUUAUUAUUAGCAAAUGCGAUACCGUGGGGGAUAUGGUGGGCACCCUAGUCAGCAUGGUGCAUGCUACGAAUGUACCGGUGCUGUUUAUAGGCGUAGGUCAGCAUUAUAGCGAUUUGAGGAAUUUGAGCGUUAAGUGGGCAGUCGAGAAAUUGAUGGCCGGGAAUUAA